UUAGGGCAGAGUUAUGGCGGUCUGUCGAGUGGAGAGCGUUUGUGGGCAUGCCACAGAGCUGCUGGAGCUCAAACCUUAUUCCAUGCCUCGGCUUCACAUUGUCUUUGUUCCUGGGAAUCCAGGCAUUGUGGGUUUUUACAAGGAUUAUCUCGCUGCUCUCUCCAAACACUUUGAAGGUGCAGCUUCCAUCACAGCCAUUGGACAUAUCGCGCAUACCGCUCAUGACUAUGAGAAAGGCAAGAAAUUUUCUUUGCAGCAACAGAUUGAUCACAAGGCUGGGUUUCUGGAAGAGCGAUAUAUAAACUCGGACCUCCCAACAGUCCUGGUCGGCCACUCCAUUGGCGCGUACAUAAUUCUCGAGCUCCUUAAGAGAUUCCCAAACAAGCUACAGUGCGUGAUCGGCUUGCACCCCUUUCUGAAAACAAAUCCGGACUCCCUGAAACAAGCGGUGCUCAAAGCGAUUUGCGAGAGCUCAUUGAUGCGUGCGACAGUGAGCUCACUCGCAGGUUUACUGGGCCACUCUCCAGCGUGGAUUUCCAGACGGCUUGUCAAGGCUGUUGUGGGAAGGGCCUGGGGGCCGUGCGCAGUCGACACAACCUGUAAAUACCUUCUUCGGAGCUCCAUGGUUGCCAACUUCACGUACAUGGGGAUGACAGAGUUUGCAAAGCUCAAAGAGGAGGUCGAUUGGGACUUUCUCAGAGAGAAUCACAGGAGAGUCUGCUUCUUGUUUGGGAUAGACGAUCAUUGGGGUCCCUUGAGCUUGCUGGAACAAGUCCAUGAACGCGUCCCAGGCUUAAAAACCGCGGUGGUGCAAAGCGAGGACAUCACACACGACUUUUGCUGCACAAAGCCUGGCUCGGAAUGGGUUGCUCGUUUCACCGCCGAGAGAAUUAAAGAGGUUUUCGGCGAUGAUAGCAUACAAAAGUAACGAGCUUUUCUCGUUUCUCAUUCCUCAGGCACCUCUGCGUAAUAAUUUAUCCCGAUGAACUAUCGAGGGUGGUGUAUGCACACAAGCAUGCAAAGCUGCAUCGAUCUCGUUAUUGCAACUAAGGCCUAAAGGAUGAAUAAAGAAUCUCGCUUCCACA